AUGGCAAUGGUAUACUGUAAGUAUAUUAUAGUUAACAUCAACAACAUAAAGCUUGUUCUUGGUAUCAGUACCAUGACCAGGUCAAACUAUUUCAGUCUGAUUGAUGCAUCUAAUCACUCUGUCUCUGCUGCUUCUGUUUUUGCUGUCACUAUCUGCCAUUUGCAUUCUGCUUCUGCUCUACCAACUACUGCUGCUGCUUCACCAUCACCAUCAUCACUCACCACUGCCUCUCUGUCUUCUGGCACCAACAGAGUCUCUGCCUGUCAAAUGGUGAAUAUUAGAGCCCCUGCCCAGUUCACAAAGCUGGUUCUGGAGAAGCAGAAGAAGAAGAAGAAGAAGAAAAAGAAGAAGAAGAAGAAGAAAAGAAAGAAGAGAGAGAAGAAGAAGAAGAGAAAGAAGAAGAAAGAGAAAGAGAAUUAUGAUAAUGAUGAGAAUAAUAAUGAUGACAAGAACAAUAACAAUAAUGAUGAUAAUGAACUUGCCAUUUAG